AUGGAGGCCUCUAAGCCAGACCUUGAGCACGCUGAGGUUGUCGCCGAGAAGCAUGACCUGCAGGAAACAAGCGAGGCGAUCCAGCUGGCUGAGGCCGUCACGACGACCCAGUACAGUCCGUGGACUGCCAGUAUGUUUCGCUUGUACGGGUGCUUGCUGGUCGCAUACCUCUGCGGUUGCUUGAACGGGUACGAUGGCUCGUUGAUGGGGGGUCUCAAUGACAUGACCGCUUACAGGGCAUAUUUUCAUAUGAAAACCGCGUCAUCCAGCACGGGUCUGGUCUUUGCCAUCUACAACAUUGGCUCUAUCCCGGCGGUCUUGUUAUCUGGCCCGGUCAAUGAUUUGUUCGGGCGUCGCAUGGGCAUGUUCACAGGAGCCGCCAUUAUCAUUGUCGGAACCUGUAUCCAGGCACCGGCUGUCAGCCACGGAAUGUUCCUUGCUGGUCGUUUCAUUCUCGGCUUUGGCGUGAGCUUUUGUUGUGUCAGUGCGCCCUGCUAUGUCUCGGAAAUGGCGCAUCCCGUCUGGCGUGGAACCAUUACAGGUCUAUACAACUGCAUGUGGUAUAUCGGAUCCAUUGUCGCCAGUUGGAUUGUCUAUGGUUGUGAGAGUUACGACAGCUCCUACUCAUUUCGCAUUCCAAUCUGGUGCCAGCUGGCGUCCUCCGUCAUUGUUGCGGUUGGCGCUUGGUUCUUGCCCGAGUCUCCAAGAUGGCUCAUGGCGCAGGACCGAGUGGAAGAUGCAGUUCAAGUCCUUGCACGGUACCACGGCGAAGGUGAUGUCAACCACCCAAUUGUGAUGCUUCAAGUCAAAGAGAUGCGACAUCAAAUUGCCGUCACGGUCGACGACUCCAGCAAGAAGUGGUGGGAAUACCGCGAGCUUUUCAAUUCGCAUUCUGCUCGCCGUCGUCUAAUUUGCGUGAUCGGUAUGGCCUGCUUCGGUCAGCUCUCGGGCAACAGUCUUACAGGCUACUAUCUUCCGGAGAUGGCUAAAAACGCGGGGGUUGAUUCUGUGAGCACCCAAUUGAUGCUCAAUGGCAUUUACCCUGUCAUUUGUUUAUUUGCCUCCGUCGCGGGUGCAAAUAUGACAGAUCGUAUUGGUCGCCGACCGCUCAUGCUCUACUCACUUCUUUUCUGCUCGGUUGCGUUUGCUAUCAUGAUCGGUACUUCGAAGAUAUCGAAUGACGACAGGAGCAAUUCCAACGCAGCCAACACUUCUCUCGCGUUCAUCUAUCUCUUUGGCAUUGUCUUCUCCUUCGGCUGGACUCCACUGCAGAGCAUGUAUAUCGUCGAGACGCUGACUACCAAUACUCGUGCCAAGGGCACGGCCGUCUCAAACUUGAUGUCCAACAUCAGCAGCGCGAUCAUCUCCUACAGCUCAGGCCCUGGGUUUGAGAAGUGCAAGUAUUAUUUCUACGCCGUUUUUGUUGUGUGGGACUUGAUUGAGGCGGUUGUCGUCUACUUCUGGUUCCCGGAGACCAAAGACCGGACUCUGGAGGAGCUCGAAGAGGUCUUUGCCGCACCAAAUCCGGUGAAGAAGAGCUUGGAGAAACGUAACAUCACUACUGUGCUGCAGACAUUGGAGAUUUCAGAUAACAGUGCGGACGUCUGA